GCCCCUGAGGAAAGGCCCCGCGAGGGGUGCCACAUGUUAUCCACAGGAAGACACAGCGCCUCCAGCACUCACCUUGUUUCUGCUUCUUGCCAGCUGUUACCACAGGCACGUGCUGCCUUCGGAAUAAAAUACAUCUGAAAAUUGAGUGUGUAGGGCCCUAACAGAAGCCCGGGCGCGCUGCACCUCGGGUGAGGAUUGGCCGAAGACAGGAAGGCGGGGUUUGGAGGCAGGUUAAGAGCGCUCGGUGGUCGGGCCACGCGUUCCUGAGAAGGUUCAAUGGCGUGGCAGGGGAUGGCGACCGAGUUCCUGCAGGUGCCGGCGGUGACGCGGACCUACACCGCAGCCUGCGUCCUCACCACCGCCGCCGUGCAACUGGAGCUCCUCAGCCCCUUCCAGCUCUACUUCAAUCCGCACCUCGUGUUCCGGAAGUUCCAGGUCUGGAGGCUCGUCACCAACUUCCUCUUCUUCGGGCCCCUGGGAUUCAGCUUCUUCUUCAACAUGCUCUUCGUGUUUCGCUACUGCCGUCUGCUGGAGGAGGGUUCCUUUCGCGGCCGCACGGCCGACUUCGUCUUCAUGUUUCUCUUCGGGGGUGUCCUUAUGAUCCUGCUGGGGCUCCUGGGCAGCCUCUUCUUCCUGGGCCAGGCUCUCACAGCCAUGCUGGUAUACGUAUGGAGCCGCCGCAGCCCCCGGGUGAGGGUCAACUUCUUCGGCCUCCUCACCUUCCAGGCGCCAUUCCUGCCCUGGGCGCUCAUGGGCUUCUCAAUGCUGCUGGGCAACUCAAUCCUCGUGGACCUCCUGGGGAUUGUUGUGGGCCACAUCUACUACUUCCUGGAGGAUGUCUUCCCCAACCAGCCUGGCGGCAAGAGGCUGCUGCUGACCCCUGGCUUCCUCUCACUUGCAUCAGAUGACCAGUCCACAUGGUUUAUUCCUGGAUCGUCACCAGCACGAGCGCUCCUCCAGCCACCGGCUGUCACAUUCACAGAUGACAGAAGUAUUCGCCAUGGAAUUGGACCUUGACGUUGUAGUGAAACCUUUGGUGUAGCAGUGGGCUCUGCGGUGGGCAGGCGGCAUGUGAAGGCCCCUCGCCGGGCCUCUCCCAGGCAGGUGGCCAGCCUGGCCAGUGGGCUGAGGCAGGCAGGGUGUGUCCCACCCACCAGCUGGGGGCUUGGGCCACCUCCUGCUGGCCUGAACACACACCUCAGCAGUGGAGCCCACUUGUCUCCAAAGCCAGCUGGGCCUGGAGCCUUCCUCUUUGUUCAGGGCCUUCCAGUGAAGCCCAGCUGUCUCCUUGCUUGGGGUCCAGCAAGUUCCACUCCUGGAUGAAGGGCAGUGGCUGGAGUACAAAUUCCUAGGACGUGCUCAUGAAGCCCCCCACCACCCCCGCCCCAGCCCAGACGCCAGCCCCAUCUCACCCCACAUCCCACAGCGAGAACCCUCAGAGCUCUGCCCCUGCCCAGUGUGGGGCUUGGGCUGGGUACCGGGUGCCAUGGGGCCCCAGCCAUGCUCCGGGGAGCAGAGCAGUCCUGACCCUCAGCCCUGCCAGCAACUGAAGGUGCGGGGUCUGGGCCCAUGGUCUUCAGUUAGACUGUAGCUGUGCCCGGGUCACCCUGCGGUGCCUGGCCCAGUGAGGAGGCCCCCAUGUGCCACCCUCCUGGGUCCCACAUCCCAGGCAGAGUGGGGACCCUUCCACAUUACAGAAGAGGAUGCAGAGCUGCAUCACUCUACGAGUUGGCGCCAGGUUGGGUGUACUGCUCCACACUCUUCUGUUACUCCUCACAACCGGUGGGGAGGGAGGGGCUGGCCCGGCCACAGCAUCAGCUGGGGGUGGAGAUGGGCCCCAGUCCACCUGUUAUGUGUGAGGUGCUAGGAGGUGUGGCAAGAGCAGUGCACACCUGCUGGAGCUGAACAGCUGGGCACGGGCACCCGGGCUGGCAACACGCCCUCAAUGACCGCAUAAGAUGGGGCCUCUCCAAGGACCAGAGACGCAUGCUCCUGGCUGGGGGCGGAGCUGUGGCUGACAGGGCAAGCGGCCCUGCCUGCUGAGCCUCACCACCUUCUCAUCCCUCUGGGACUGCAAGGACUUGCCGAGCAC